GAACUGAGAAGUAAGAGUGGUCAGCUCAAUUUGCAGUAAGCCUGGCUAACGCCAUGUGCCUCAACCUCUCGAUGCUGGAGAGAUUCGAUGCUGGAGACAUUCCAAUCGUGAGAUUAAGGAGUGAACAAAUCGUCUUUCCUGUCAGCUAGAACUACAUGCAGCCUUCCGUAAGACAAUCGGUCCGAGGCGACAGUCAAGCAAGAUCAAGUUGGUUUGACUGGUUCCAUAUAAGUGCGGUUGCGUGAGUCUUCAACUUCACUAAACCUCUUGGACGCCUGGAAAUGGAAGCGGCCUGCAGAAGGGCAUGCAAAGCUUCUCUCGCGUUUGAGGAUGCUAAGCGGGGUGCUCGCUCAGCGUAUGGGAUUCCUGUUCUCGAUGUCGCAUGGACAGAUCGCGUCUGUAUAAGCUCAGAUUCCGCGCGAAAUAGCUACGAUCAAGGAGCCUCAGCAUGUGGCAAGGCCGAAUGUGUAUGUUUUCGCCGUCAUCGUCGUGCCAAGUCCUGUUAUGGGCAUUGAGCAACUAGGC